GAUCAGGAUUCGUUUGUUCAACGCAAAGUGCUGGGCCCCGAUGACUUGCGCUUCAAUAAAACACACUUCGAAAAAGAAAAUAGUUGGGAGCCAUCGAUUCGUAAUUCGCCACCGCCAAUACCGCAAAUUCACGCUGAAGAGCUUGCUGCUCCUGCUAAUUUCACAGAUUCGCAACUUCUUCCUUCGGCAACAUCCACAGAUAUUCCAAAACGAGUGGUUUCUGUUGAUACUGAGAAUACUCCUCCAUCUGUUCCGCAACGAUCGAAAGAUUUUUUGGAGGAAAGCGCAGAGCUCAAAAAAACGCCAACGAAUUUCUCGCAGGGAAGCAGUGAACCAAAAAUGUCCACACCGAACUCAUUUGACUCACGGCGAUCACUUCGAGAUUUGACGAUGAAUUGUAUUUCUGCUAUAUAUCCCGAUCCGGUCGGCUCUCACUGUGGAGCAGAUUUCAGAGCGCCUAACCGUACAUUUGAUAAACUUUCUGCCGUUGGUAAAGAACAGCCGUCACUCAGCUCAUCAGCUAUUGCACGAGUUCUUUCGGUUAUUGUUUUAAUCAUUUCUUGUAAAAUUUUAAUUUAA